AUGGCUUUCAUUAAGGACGAGCAACAAGAGACCCAAAUCCAGAAUGAACUUGGUCACAAAAGUCUCCUUCCGAGCGAUGCACUCAAUCAGUAUAUACUCGAAACCAACGUGUACCCAAGAGAGCAUGAGAGCUUGAAGGAGCUCCGCCAGUGGACAGAAAAACAUCCUCGGAACCGCAUGGCUACAACACCUGAUGGAGGACAACUCAUAAGCAUGCUUGUUAAGCUGAUCAAUGCCAAGAACACCAUGGAAAUAGGUGUCUACACUGGUUACUCUUUGCUCGCCACCGCCCUAGCUCUCCCAUCCGACGGAAAGAUCUUGGCUAUGGACAUUAACCGGGAAUCCUAUGAACUGGGGUUGCCUAUAAUUCAAAAAGCUGGCGUGGCUGACAAGAUUGACUUUAUAGAAGGACCUGCUCUUUCUCUUCUUGACGAAUUGAUCAAAGAUGAAAAGAAUAAGGGAACGUUCGAUUUCAUUUUCGUGGAUGCUGAUAAGGAUAACUACUUAAACUACCACGAGAGGGUGAUUGAGCUCGUGAAGGUUGGGGGACUGAUCGGCUACGAUAACACCCUAUGGAAUGGAUCCGUGGUGACCCCACCUGAUGCGCCUAUGAAUGAUUAUAUUAAGUAUUCUCUUGGUUUUGUGCUGGAGCUGAAUAAAGCUAUUGCUCUUGAUUCGAGGGUCGAGAUUUGCCAGCUUCCAGUUGGUGAUGGGAUUACCUUGUGCCGCCGCAUCAUCUGA